AUGGCACCAAAGGCAGGAAAGAAGCCAGCAGAGAAGAAGCCCGCCGCCGCCGAGAAGCCAGCGGAGGAGGAGAAAGUAGCCGAGAAAGCUCCAGCGGAGAAGAAACCCAAGGCCGGGAAGAAGCUACCGAAGGAAGCCGGCGGCGCAACGGACAAGAAGAAGAAGCGCACGAAGAAGAGCACCGAGACGUACAAGAUCUACAUCUUCAAGGUGCUGAAGCAAGUCCACCCAGACAUCGGGAUCUCGAGCAAAGCCAUGGGGAUCAUGAACAGCUUCAUCAACGAUAUCUUCGAGAAGCUUGCUCAGGAGGCGUCGAAACUCGCCAGGUACAACAAGAAGCCGACGAUUACUUCUCGCGAGAUCCAGACUGCUGUUAGGCUUGUUCUUCCCGGUGAGCUCGCUAAGCACGCCGUCUCUGAAGGAACUAAGGCUGUGACUAAGUUUACUAGCUCUUGA